AUGCUGGACCUGAAGAUGUGGCCUGUGAUUUCUGCACUGGGAGAAAACUGAAAGCAGUCAAGUCCUGUCUGGCGUGUCUGGUCUCUUACUGUGAUCAACACAUUCAGCCUCAUUAUGACUCUCCUGCUUUUGAGAAACACAAGCUGGUGGAGCCCUCCAAGAAGCUCCAGGUGAACAUCUGCUCUCGUCAUGAUGAGGUGAUGAAGAUGUUCUGCCGUACUGAUCAGCAGUGUAUCUGUUAUCUCUGCUCUGUGGAUGAACAUAAAGGCCACGACACAGUCUCAACUGCAGCAGAAAGGACUGAGAGGCAGAAAGAGCUCGAGGGGAGUCGAGAACACAUCCAGCAGAGAAUCCAGGACAGAGAGAAAGAUGUGAAGCUGCUUCAACAGGAGGUGGAGGCUAUCAAUCUCUCUGCUGAUAAAGUAGUGAAGGACAGCAAGAAGGUCUUCACUGAGCUGAUCCGUCUCAUGGAGAAAAGAAGCUCUGAUGUGGAGCAGAUGGUCCGAGUUCAGCAGAAAAGUGAAGUGAGUCGAGUCAAAGAGCUUCAGGAGAAGCUGGAGCAGGAGAUCACUGAGCUGAAGAGGAAAGACGCUGAGAUGAAGAAGCUCUCAGACACAGAGGAUCACAACCAGUUUCUCCACAACUACUCCUCACUGUCACCACUCAGUGAAUCUACAUCCAGCAUCAAUAUCCGUCCUCUGCGCUACUUUGAGGAUGUGACAGCGGCCGUGUUAGAAGCCAGAGAUAAACUACAGGAGCUUCUAAAUGAGAAAUGGACAAACAUCUCACUGACUGUGACUGAAGUAGAGGUUUUACUGUCACAACCAGAGCCCAAGACCAGAGAUGACUUCCUUAAAUAUUCAUGUGAAAUUACACUGGAUCCAAACACAGCGCACACACAGCUGUUAUUAUCUGAGGGGAACAGAAGAGCAACAGUAAUGGAAGAACAACAGUCUUAUUCUCAUCACCCAGACAGAUUCAAGGACUGGUGUCAGGUCCUGAGUAGAGAAAGUCUGACUGGACGUUGUUACUGGGAGGUGGAGUGGAGAAGGAAUACAGUUACUGUAGCAGUCGCAUACAAGAACAUCAGCAGAAAAGCUGCAUUUGGAAGCAAUGAUGAAUCGUGGGCGUUAGUUUGCAACAAAAACGGUUCUGAUUUUGUGUUCAACAAAGUCCAAACUCCCGUCCCAGGUCCCAAGUCCUACAGAAUAGGAGUGUACCUGGAUCACAGUGCAGGUACUCUGUCCUUCUACAGCGUCUCUGAUAACACAACGACUCUCCUCCACAGAGUCCAGACCACGUUCACUCAGCCCCUCUAUGUUGGACUUGGGUUUUUAGUUCAUGGAGACACUGCAGAGUUAAACUCAGUUUUAACUCUAAUUUAA